AUGGCAUCAUCUGCUAGUCAAUCUUACAGAACGUACAACUGUCUGAACAUUGGUGACUUUGCUUGUGUGUUGUGUAAUAAAAAGUUCCGCUGGAAUUCUCAUCUUGAGAUGCAUAUGAGAACACAUACUGGAGAAAAACCAUUCUCGUGUGACCAGUGCGGAAAAUGUUUCUCCAGGAAAAGCAUGAUGGAUGACUCCUCUCAGUUUAACUUGUCAGCUGAUAUUUCUGAAGCUUCGUACAGAGACCCAAGCGGAGGAUUCGUCUGUAAAUUCUGCGGAAAAGUUCUGAAGAACCGUUCCACAUUGAGGACACAUCUGCGACUUCACACCGGAGAGAAGCCAUACUGUUGUGCUGUCUGCGGGAAGGCAUACGGUGAUAGGAAUCAAGGAAAACGAUCGCAGCAGUGUCUAAAUAUAGGUGAAAAUGAAUGUACAGAGUGUGGGAAAAGAUUUCGCUGGAAAUCUCAUCUAGAUAUACACAUGAGAGUUCACACCGGAGAGAGACCAUUUGCCUGUUAUUAUAAUCAAGGGACACAACUCAAGAGUUCAGAGAAGAGGAAUACUGUGUGUGAAGUGUGUGGCAAGAGCUUCACGAGGCCUAAUCAUCUUAUUGUACAUAUGAGAAUACACACUGGCACCACCACAUCAAUGCCCAGUGACUUGACACAGGAUCUGACCCUUGUUCAGAGUCUUCAAAUGAAGAAAUGUGAAUGUAGCUGGUGUGGAAAAAAUUUCCCGUGGCCUUCAGCUCUUGAGAUCCACAUAAGAACACACACGGGAGAGAGGCCAUUUAAGUGCAGUAUACUACAGGGUGAAGAAGAUUUACCUUACUUGUUUCAUCAAGAUUCUGAAUUCUCAUCAACUACAACUCAAGGGAAACAACUAGGUUUAGAUAAUCGCUCUGUUUCGACAUAUGAAAACAAGAAAUAUGUGCAUACAUGCCCUGUGUGCAAUAAAACGUUCACAAGACCAAACCAUGUGGCAAAACAUAUGCAAAGGCAUACAGGAGAGAGACCAUUUGAAUGUGGUGUAUGCGGAAAGAAACUGUCUCGUAUGAGUUGUAAUCCACCGUCUAGAUCAUCGGAAGCUUACAAGUUUGUUUGCAGCGUCUGCGGGAAAGCUUUUACACGUCCGAAUCAUCUGACUGCACAUAUGAGAAAACACACUGGAGAAAAGCCAUUUGAGUGCAUGUAUGAUCCGGCAGACGACCAGGAAUUUCUGCAUCAGACACAAACUGAUCCUAACAAGAAGUUUCCUAGAAGAUUAUCAAUUCGAAGCGACAGACAGACGCCAGGGUGA